CUCAUCACAGGAAGGAAAGACCUAAACCACCACCAUGAGUACCGACGCGGAAAUGGCCAUUUACGGCAAAGCUGCCAUCUACCUCCGUAAACCAGAGAAGGAGAGAAUUGAGGCUCAGAACAAACCAUUCGAUGCCAAGACAGCCUGCUACGUGGCCGAUACCAAGGAGCUGUACUUGAAGGGAACAAUCCUCAAGAAAGAUGGUGGCAAAGUCACCGUCAAAGUCUUGGACACUCAGGAGGAGAGGACAGUCAAAGAAGAUGACGUCUCUCCGAUGAACCCUCCCAAGUUCGACAAAAUUGAGGACAUGGCCAUGAUGACCCAUCUCAAUGAAGCCUCUGUCCUGUAUAACCUCAAAGAGCGUUAUGCAGCAUGGAUGAUCUACACCUACUCUGGGCUUUUCUGCGCAACUGUGAACCCCUACAAGUGGCUCCCAGUGUACGAUGCUGAGGUUGUGUCUGCAUACAGAGGCAAGAAGCGUAUGGAGGCUCCACCCCACAUCUUCUCCGUCUCUGACAACGCAUAUCAAUUCAUGCUUACUGACAGAGAGAACCAGUCUGUCUUGAUCACUGGAGAAUCUGGUGCUGGAAAGACUGUGAACACCAAGCGUGUCAUUCAGUACUUUGCCACAAUCUCAGUUGGUGGAGAUAAGAAAAAGGAUAGUGCAGGAGCAGGGAAAAUCCAGGUAUGUAAGAAAAGUGUAAUAUCAUGUAUAUUUUCGUAGAAAAUGAAUACUUUGCUGAUGUUAUCUUUAAACCUCAUGCAGGGCUCACUUGAGGAUCAGAUUAUUGCUGCCAAUCCUCUUCUGGAAGCUUAUGGUAAUGCCAAAACUGUGAGGAAUGACAACUCUUCUCGUUUUGGUAAAUUCAUUAGGAUCCAUUUUGGCACAAGUGGUAAACUGGCCAGUGCUGAUAUUGAGACAUAUCUGCUGGAGAAGUCCAGAGUGUCAUUCCAGCUUCCAGAUGAGAGAGGCUACCACAUCUUCUACCAGAUGAUGACCAACCACAAACCAGAACUGAUUGAAAUGUCUCUCAUCUCAACCAACCCCUACGACUUCCCCAUGAUCAGCCAGGGUCAGAUCACUGUGGCCAGUAUUGAUGACAAAGUGGAGCUUGAAGCCACCGAUGUGAGUAAAAGUAGCUUACAAAUAAUUACAAAUGCCAUCGAUAUAUUGGGUUUCAGUCAUGAGGAGAAGAUGAGUAUCUACAAGAUGACUGGUGCCGUCAUCCACCAUGGUAACAUGAAAUUCAAGCAGAAGCAGCGUGAGGAGCAGGCUGAGCCAGAUGGCACAGAGGAUGCUGACAAAGUCGCCUACUUGCUGGGUCUCAACUCUGCUGACAUGCUGAAGGCUCUGUGCUAUCCCAGAGUCAAAGUUGGAAAUGAGUUUGUCACCAAGGGACAGACUGUACCUCAGGUUAACAACUCAGUGACAGCCCUUGCCAAGUCCAUCUAUGAGAGGAUGUUCUUGUGGAUGGUCAUCCGUAUCAACCAGAUGUUGGACACUAAACAGCCAAGGCAGUUCUUCAUUGGUGUCCUGGAUAUUGCUGGCUUUGAAAUCUUUGAUUUCAACAGCAUGGAGCAGCUGUGCAUUAACUUCACCAAUGAGAAGUUGCAACAGUUCUUCAAUCACCACAUGUUUGUCCUGGAGCAAGAAGAGUACAAGAAGGAGGGCAUUAUCUGGGAGUUCAUUGACUUUGGCAUGGACUUGGCUGCCUGCAUUGAGCUGAUUGAAAAGCCCAUGGGUAUCUUCUCCAUCCUUGAAGAGGAGUGCAUGUUCCCCAAGGCCACUGAUACAUCUUUCAAGAAUAAGCUGUAUGACCAGCAUCUUGGCAAAUGCAAAGCCUUUGAGAAGCCAAAACCUGCAAAGGGCAAGGCUGAGGCCCACUUUUCCCUGGUGCACUAUGCUGGUACAGUGGACUACAACAUCAGUGGCUGGCUGGACAAGAACAAGGACCCACUGAACGAGUCUGUUGUGCAGCUGUACCAGAAGUCUGCAGUUAAACUUCUGGCUUACCUGUAUCCUCCUGCUCCUGCUGAGGGUAUGCCAACAAUUUGUGUGCAGUGAGCUAUUAUUUUUGGUGAAGACAACAAAACAUUGACUUUUAUCACAUAAAUAUUACAUUUUACUCUAAUGAUACCAACAGAAGCCGGAGGCAAGAAGGGAGGCAAGAAGAAGGGUGGCUCUAUGCAGACUGUGUCCUCACAGUUUAGGGAGAAUUUGGGCAAACUGAUGACCAACUUGAGGAGCACUCAUCCUCACUUUGUGCGUUGUCUGAUUCCUAAUGAGACAAAGACUCCAGGUCUGAUGGAGAACUUCCUGGUCAUCCACCAGCUCAGGUGUAAUGGUGUGCUGGAGGGUAUCAGAAUCUGCAGGAAAGGUUUCCCCAGCAGAAUCCUCUAUGGUGACUUCAAGCAGAGGUACAAGGUACUGAAUGCCAGUGUCAUCCCUGAGGGCCAGUUCAUUGACAACAAGAAGGCUGCAGAGAAGCUGCUUGGAUCAAUUGAUAUUGACCAUGACCAGUACAGAUUUGGUCACACCAAGGUGUUCUUCAAAGCCGGUCUUCUGGGUACCCUUGAGGAAAUGAGAGACGAAAAGCUGGCAGCCCUUGUCACCAUGACUCAGGCCCUCUGCCGUGGUUACCUCAUGAGAAAGGAGUUUGUGAAGAUGAUGGAGAGGAGGGAGGCCAUCUUUACCAUCCAGUACAACGUGCGCUCAUUCAUGAAUGUCAAACAUUGGCCAUGGAUGAAGGUGUACUAUAAGAUUAAGCCUCUGCUGAAGAGCGCUGAAACUGAGAAGGAGCUGGCCCAGAUGAAGGAGAACUAUGAGAAGAUGACCAGUGACUUGGCUGCUGCUCUCGCCAAGAAGAAAGAACUUGAAGAGAAGAUGGUGUCUCUUCUGCAGGAGAAGAAUGAUCUGCAGCUGCAAGUGGCAUCUGAAUCAGAGAAUCUGUCAGAUGCUGAAGAGAGAUGUGAGGGUCUUAUCAAGAGUAAGAUUCAGCUGGAAGCCAAGCUCAAAGAGACAACUGAGAGGCUGGAGGAUGAAGAGGAAAUGAAUGCUGAGCUUACUGCAAAGAAGAGAAAACUGGAGGAUGAAUGCUCUGAGCUCAAGAAAGAUAUUGAUGACCUGGAGCUCACCUUGGCUAAAGUUGAGAAGGAGAAACAUGCUACUGAGAACAAGGUGAAGAACCUGACUGAGGAGAUGGCUUCCCAGGAUGAGAGCAUUGCUAAGCUGACCAAGGAGAAGAAGGCACUUCAGGAGGCUCACCAGCAGACUCUUGAUGAUCUGCAGGCUGAGGAAGAUAAGGUCAACACUUUGACCAAGGCCAAGACCAAACUUGAGCAACAAGUGGAUGAUCUUGAGGGCUCUCUGGAACAAGAGAAGAAGCUGCGUAUGGACCUGGAGAGGGCCAAGAGAAAGCUUGAGGGUGACCUGAAACUGGCUCAGGAAUCCAUCAUGGAUCUUGAGAAUGACAAACAGCAGUCUGAUGAGAAACUCAAAAAGAAGGACUUCGAAAUUAGUCAGCUUCUUAGCAAGAUUGAGGAUGAGCAGUCAAUGGGAUCUCAGCUCCAAAAGAAGAUCAAAGAACUUCAGGCUCGUAUUGAGGAACUGGAGGAGGAGAUUGAGGCUGAGCGUGCUGCCCGCGCCAAGGUUGAGAAGCAGAGAGCUGAUCUCUCCAGGGAACUUGAGGAGAUCAGUGAGAGGCUGGAGGAAGCCGGAGGUGCCACUGCUGCCCAGAUUGAGAUGAACAAGAAGCGUGAAGCUGAGUUCCAGAAGCUGCGUCGUGACCUUGAGGAGUCCACCUUGCAGCAUGAGGCCACUGCCGCUGCUCUGCGCAAGAAGCAGGCUGACAGUGUUGCUGAGCUGGGUGAGCAGAUCGACAACCUCCAGCGUGUCAAGCAGAAGCUUGAGAAGGAAAAGAGCGAAUACAAGAUGGAGAUUGACGAUCUCUCCAGCAACAUGGAGGCUGUUGCUAAAGCCAAGGGAAAUCUUGAAAAGAUGUGCCGUACUCUGGAGGACCAACUUAGUGAACUGAAGACCAAAAAUGAUGAGAACGUUCGUCAGCUUAAUGACCUUGGUGCACAGAAAGCCCGUCUUCUGACAGAAAAUGGUGAGUUUGGUCGUCAAGUUGAAGAGAAGGAAGCUCUUGUCUCACAGCUGACCAGAGGCAAACAGGCCUUCACACAGCAGAUUGAGGAACUGAAGAGACAGAUUGAAGAGGAGGUCAAGGCAAAGAAUGCUCUUGCCCACGGAGUGCAAUCAGCCCGCCAUGACUGUGAUCUGCUGAGGGAGCAGUUUGAGGAGGAGCAGGAGGCUAAAGCUGAGCUGCAACGCGGCAUGUCCAAGGCAAACAGUGAGGUGGCUCAGUGGAGAACGAAAUACGAAACUGAUGCCAUCCAGCGCACUGAGGAGCUUGAGGAGGCCAAGAAGAAGUUGGCACAGCGCCUCCAGGAGGCUGAGGAACAGAUUGAGGCUGUGAACUCCAAGUGUGCUUCUCUGGAGAAAACCAAACAGAGGCUCCAGAGUGAAGUGGAAGACCUCAUGAUUGAUGUGGAGAGGGCUAAUGGUCUUGCUGCCAACCUUGACAAAAAGCAGAGGAACUUUGACAAGGUGUUGGCAGAGUGGAAGCAGAAGUUUGAGGAGGGUCAGGCUGAGCUUGAGGGAGCUCAGAAGGAGGCUCGUUCUCUUGGCACUGAGCUGUUCAAGAUGAAGAACUCCUAUGAGGAAGCUCUGGAUCAACUGGAGACCAUGAAGCGUGAAAACAAAAACCUGCAACAGGAGAUCUCUGAUCUGACGGAACAGAUCGGUGAGACCGGCAAGAGUAUCCAUGAGCUGGAGAAGGCCAAGAAGCAGGUGGAGACAGAGAAGUCUGAGAUUCAGACAGCUCUUGAAGAGGCUGAGGGUACUCUGGAACAUGAAGAGUCCAAGAUCCUGCGUGUCCAGUUGGAACUCAACCAGAUUAAGGGAGAAGUGGACAGGAAGCUGGCAGAGAAAGAUGAGGAAAUGGAGCAGAUUAAGAGGAACAGCCAGAGAGUGAUCGACUCCAUGCAGAGCACUCUGGAUUCUGAGGUCAGGAGCAGAAAUGAUGCCCUGAGAAUCAAGAAGAAGAUGGAAGGAGACCUGAAUGAGAUGGAGAUUCAGCUGAGCCAUGCCAAUCGUCAGGCUGCUGAGUCUCAGAAGCAGCUGAGGAUCGUGCAGGCACAGCUGAAGGAUGCACAGCUGCACCUUGAUGAUGCCGUCAGGGCCCAGGAUGAUCUGAAGGAACAAGCCGCUAUGGUGGACCGCAGGAAUGGCCUCAUGUUGGCUGAAAUCGAGGAACUUAGGGCUGCUCUGGAACAAACAGAGAGAGGCCGUAAAGUUGCUGAACAGGAGCUGGUGGACGCCACCGAGCGUGUUGGACUCCUGCACUCUCAGAAUACAAGCCUUGUGAACACCAAGAAGAAGCUUGAGUCUGACCUGGUCCAGAUCCAGAGUGAAGUGGAUGACACAGUUCAGGAAGCAAGAAAUGCAGAGGAGAAAGCCAAGAAGGCCAUCACUGAUGCUGCAAUGAUGGCUGAGGAGCUGAAAAAGGAGCAGGACACCAGCGCUCAUCUGGAGAGGAUGAAGAAGAACCUGGAGGUUGCUGUCAAGGACCUGCAGCACCGUCUGGAUGAGGCUGAGAACCUGGCCAUGAAGGGUGGCAAGAAGCAGCUUCAGAAACUUGAGUCCAGAGUGCGUGAGCUUGAGUCAGAGGUUGAGGCCGAGCAGAGACGUGGUGCUGAUGCUGUUAAGGGUGUCCGCAAAUAUGAGAGGAGGGUGAAGGAGCUCACUUACCAGACUGAAGAGGACAAGAAAAAUGUCACCAGGCUGCAGGAUCUGGUUGAUAAGUUGCAGCUCAAAGUGAAGGCCUACAAGAGGCAGGCUGAGGAAGCGGAGGAGCAGGCCAAUGUUCACCUGUCCAAGUGCAGGAAGGUCCAGCACGAGCUGGAGGAGGCUGAGGAGCGUGCUGAUAUUGCAGAGUCCCAGGUCAACAAAAUGAGAGCCAAAAGCCGUGACUCUGGCAAGACCACCAACAUGAGUACCGACGCAGAAAUGGCCAUUUAUGGCAAAGCUGCCAUCUACCUCCGUAAGCCAGAGAAGGAGAGAAUUGAGGCUCAGAGCAAACCCUUCGAUGCCAAGUCAGCCUGCUACGUGGCCGAUGCCAAGGAGCUGUACUUGAAGGGAACAAUCCUCAAGAAAGAUGGUGGUAAAAUCACUGUGAAAGUCUUGGACACUCAGGAGGAGAAGACAGUCAAAGAAGAUGACGUCUCUCCGAUGAACCCUCCCAAGUUCGACAAAAUUGAGGACAUGGCCAUGAUGACCCAUCUCAAUGAAGCCUCUGUCCUGUAUAACCUCAAAGAGCGUUAUGCAGCAUGGAUGAUCUACACCUACUCUGGGCUUUUCUGCGCAACUGUGAACCCCUACAAGUGGCUCCCAGUGUACGAUGCUGAGGUUGUGUCUGCAUACAGAGGCAAGAAGCGUAUGGAGGCUCCACCCCACAUCUUCUCCGUCUCUGACAACGCAUAUCAAUUCAUGCUUACUGACAGAGAGAACCAGUCUGUCUUGAUCACUGGAGAAUCUGGUGCUGGAAAGACUGUGAACACCAAGCGUGUCAUUCAGUACUUUGCCACAAUCUCAGUUGGUGGCGAUAAGAAGAAAGAGGCCGCAGGUAGCGGAAAAAUCCAGGGCUCACUUGAGGAUCAGAUUAUUGCUGCCAAUCCUCUUCUGGAAGCUUAUGGUAAUGCCAAAACUGUGAGGAAUGACAACUCUUCUCGUUUUGGUAAAUUCAUUAGGAUCCAUUUUGGCACAAGUGGUAAACUGGCCAGUGCUGAUAUUGAGACAUAUCUGCUGGAGAAGUCCAGAGUGUCAUUCCAGCUUCCCGAUGAGAGAGGCUACCACAUCUUCUACCAGAUGAUGACCAACCACAAACCAGAACUGAUUGAAAUGUCUCUCAUCACAACCAACCCCUACGACUUCCCCAUGAUCAGCCAGGGUCAGAUCACUGUGGCCAGUAUUGAUGACAAAGUGGAGCUUGAAGCCACCGAUGUGAGUAAAAGUAGCUUACAAAUAAUUAAAUGCAAAUAAAUACCUUUCUAAAGUUAGGUUUAGAAUAGUUUUAUAGCAUAAUAAUAUUACCCAAAGUAUGACUGACCUGUUUGCACACAGAAUGCCAUUGAUAUCUUGGGCUUCAGUAAUGAGGAGAAGAUGAGCAUCUACAAGAUGACUGGUGCCGUCAUCCACCAUGGUAACCUGAAGUUCAAGCAGAAGCAGCGUGAGGAGCAGGCUGAGCCAGAUGGCACAGAAGAAGCUGACAAAGUCGCCUACUUGCUGGGUCUCAACUCUGCUGACAUGCUGAAGGCUCUGUGCUAUCCCAGAGUCAAAGUUGGAAAUGAGUUUGUCACCAAGGGACAGACUGUACCUCAGGUUAACAACUCAGUGACAGCCCUUGCCAAGUCCAUCUAUGAGAGGAUGUUCUUGUGGAUGGUCAUCCGUAUCAACCAGAUGUUGGACACUAAACAGCCAAGGCAGUUCUUCAUUGGUGUCCUGGAUAUUGCUGGCUUUGAAAUCUUUGAUUUCAACAGCAUGGAGCAGCUGUGCAUUAACUUCACCAAUGAGAAGUUGCAACAGUUCUUCAAUCACCACAUGUUUGUCCUGGAGCAAGAAGAGUACAAGAAGGAGGGCAUUAUCUGGGAGUUCAUUGACUUUGGCAUGGACUUGGCUGCCUGCAUUGAGCUGAUUGAAAAGCCCAUGGGUAUCUUCUCCAUCCUUGAAGAGGAGUGCAUGUUCCCCAAGGCCACUGAUACAUCUUUCAAGAAUAAGCUGUAUGACCAGCAUCUUGGCAAAUGCAAAGCCUUUGAGAAGCCAAAACCUGCAAAGGGCAAGGCUGAGGCCCACUUUUCCCUGGUGCACUAUGCUGGUACAGUGGACUACAACAUCAGUGGCUGGCUGGACAAGAACAAGGACCCACUGAACGAGUCUGUUGUGCAGCUGUACCAGAAGUCUUCAGUUAAACUUCUGGCUUACCUGUAUCCUCCUGCUCCUGCUGAGGAGGCCGGAGGCAAGAAGGGAGGCAAGAAGAAGGGUGGCUCUAUGCAGACUGUGUCCUCACAGUUUAGGGAGAAUUUGGGCAAACUGAUGACCAACUUGAGGAGCACUCAUCCUCACUUUGUGCGUUGUCUGAUUCCUAAUGAGACAAAGACUCCAGGUCUGAUGGAGAACUUCCUGGUCAUCCACCAGCUCAGGUGUAAUGGUGUGCUGGAGGGUAUCAGAAUCUGCAGGAAAGGUUUCCCCAGCAGAAUCCUCUAUGGUGACUUCAAGCAGAGGUACAAGGUACUGAAUGCCAGUGUCAUCCCUGAGGGCCAGUUCAUUGAUAACAAGAAGGCUGCAGAGAAGCUGCUUGGAUCAAUUGAUAUUGACCAUGACCAGUACAGAUUUGGUCACACCAAGGUGUUCUUCAAAGCCGGUCUUCUGGGUACCCUUGAGGAAAUGAGAGAUGAAAAGCUUGCAGCUCUUGUCACCAUGACUCAGGCCCUCUGCCGUGGUUACCUCAUGAGAAAGGAGUUUGUGAAGAUGAUGGAGAGGAGGCAUGCCAUCUUUACCAUACAGUACAACGUGCGCUCAUUCAUGAAUGUCAAACAUUGGCCAUGGAUGAAGGUGUACUAUAAGAUUAAGCCUUUGCUGAAGAGUGCUGAAACUGAGAAGGAACUGGCCCAGAUGAAGGAGAACUAUGAGAAGAUGACCAGUGACUUGGCUGCUGCUCUUGCCAAGAAGAAAGAACUUGAAGAGAAGAUGGUCUCUCUUCUGCAGGAGAAGAAUGAUCUGCAGCUGCAAGUGGCAUCUGAAUCAGAGAAUCUGUCAGAUGCUGAAGAGAGAUGUGAGGGUCUCAUCAAGAGUAAGAUUCAGCUGGAAGCCAAGCUCAAAGAGACAACUGAGAGGCUGGAGGAUGAAGAGGAAAUCAAUGCUGAGCUUACUGCAAAGAAAAGAAAACUGGAGGAUGAAUGCUCUGAGCUCAAGAAAGAUAUUGAUGACCUGGAGCUCACCUUGGCUAAAGUUGAGAAGGAGAAACAUGCCACUGAGAACAAGGUGAAGAACCUGACUGAGGAGAUGGCUUCCCAGGAUGAGAGCAUUGCUAAGCUGACCAAGGAGAAGAAGGCACUUCAGGAGGCUCACCAGCAGACUCUUGAUGAUCUGCAGGCUGAGGAAGAUAAGGUCAACACUUUGACCAAGGCCAAGACCAAACUUGAGCAACAAGUGGAUGAUCUUGAGGGCUCUCUGGAACAAGAGAAGAAGCUGCGUAUGGACCUGGAGAGGGCCAAGAGAAAGCUUGAGGGUGACCUGAAACUGGCUCAGGAAUCCAUCAUGGAUCUUGAGAAUGACAAACAGCAGUCUGAUGAGAAACUUAAGAAGAAGGACUUUGAAAUUAGUCAGCUUCUGAGCAAGAUUGAAGAUGAGCAGUCAAUGGGUGCUCAGCUUCAGAAGAAGAUCAAGGAACUUCAGGCUCGUAUUGAGGAACUGGAGGAGGAGAUUGAGGCUGAGCGUGCUGCCCGCGCCAAGGUUGAGAAGCAGAGAGCUGAUCUCUCCAGGGAACUUGAGGAGAUCAGCGAGAGGCUGGAGGAAGCCGGAGGUGCCACUGCUGCCCAGAUUGAGAUGAACAAGAAGCGUGAAGCUGAGUUCCAGAAGCUGCGCCGUGACCUUGAGGAAGCCACUUUGCAGCAUGAGGCCACUGCCGCUGCUCUGCGCAAGAAGCAGGCUGACAGUGUUGCUGAGCUGGGUGAGCAGAUCGACAACCUCCAGCGUGUCAAGCAGAAGCUUGAGAAGGAAAAGAGUGAAUACAAGAUGGAGAUUGACGAUCUCUCCAGCAACAUGGAGGCUGUUGCUAAAGCCAAGGGAAAUCUUGAAAAGAUGUGCCGUACUCUUGAGGACCAACUCAGUGAACUGAAGACCAAGAAUGAUGAGAAUCUCCGUCAGCUUAAUGACCUUGGUGCACAGAAAGCCCGUCUUCUGACAGAAAAUGGUGAGUUUGGUCGUCAAAUUGAGGAGAAGGAAGCUCUUGUCUCACAGCUGACCAGAGGCAAACAGGCCUUCACACAGCAGAUUGAAGAACUGAAGAGACAGAUUGAAGAGGAGGUCAAGGCAAAGAAUGCUCUUGCCCACGGUCUGCAAUCAGCCCGGCAUGACUGUGAUCUGCUGAGGGAGCAGUUUGAGGAGGAGCAGGAGGCUAAGGCUGAGCUGCAGCGUGGCAUGUCCAAGGCCAACAGUGAGGUGGCUCAGUGGAGAACGAAAUACGAAACUGAUGCCAUCCAGCGCACUGAGGAGCUUGAGGAGGCCAAGAAGAAGUUGGCACAGCGCCUUCAGGAGGCUGAGGAACAGAUUGAGGCUGUGAACUCCAAGUGUGCUUCUCUGGAGAAAACCAAACAGAGGCUCCAGAGUGAAGUGGAAGACCUCAUGAUUGACGUGGAGAGGGCUAAUGGGCUUGCUGCCAACCUUGACAAAAAGCAGAGGAACUUUGACAAGGUGUUGGCAGAGUGGAAGCAGAAGUUUGAGGAGGGUCAGGCUGAGCUUGAGGGAGCUCAGAAGGAGGCUCGUUCUCUUGGCACUGAGCUGUUCAAGAUGAAGAACUCCUAUGAGGAAGCUCUGGAUCAACUGGAGACCAUGAAGCGUGAAAACAAAAACUUGCAACAGGAGAUCUCUGAUCUGACUGAACAGAUCGGUGAGACCGGCAAGAGUAUCCAUGAGCUGGAGAAGGCCAAGAAGCAGGUGGAGACAGAGAAGUCUGAGAUUCAGACAGCUCUUGAAGAGGCAGAGGGAACUCUGGAACAUGAAGAGUCAAAGAUCCUGCGUGUCCAGUUGGAACUCAACCAGAUUAAGGGAGAAGUGGACAGGAAGCUGGCAGAGAAAGAUGAGGAAAUGGAGCAGAUUAAGAGGAACAGCCAGAGAGUGAUUGACUCCAUGCAGAGCACUCUGGAUUCUGAGGUCAGGAGCAGGAAUGAUGCCCUGAGAAUCAAGAAGAAGAUGGAAGGAGAUCUGAAUGAGAUGGAGAUUCAGCUGAGCCAUGCCAAUCGUCAGGCUGCUGAGUCUCAGAAGCAGCUAAGGAUCGUGCAGGCACAGCUGAAGGAUGCACAGCUGCACCUUGAUGAUGCCAUCAGGGCCCAGGAUGAUCUGAAGGAACAAGCCGCUAUGGUGGACCGCAGGAAUGGCCUCAUGUUGGCUGAAAUUGAGGAACUUAGGGCUGCUCUGGAACAAACAGAGAGAGGCCGUAAAGUUGCUGAACAGGAGCUGGUGGACGCCACCGAGCGUGUUGGACUCCUGCACUCUCAGAACACAAGUCUGCUGAACACCAAGAAGAAGCUCGAGUCUGACCUGGUCCAGAUCCAGAGUGAAGUUGACGACACAGUUCAGGAAGCAAGAAAUGCAGAGGAGAAAGCCAAGAAGGCCAUCACUGAUGCUGCAAUGAUGGCUGAGGAGCUGAAAAAGGAGCAGGACACCAGCGCUCAUCUGGAGAGGAUGAAGAAGAACCUGGAGGUCGCUGUCAAGGACCUGCAGCACCGUCUGGAUGAGGCUGAGAACCUGGCCAUGAAGGGUGGCAAGAAGCAGCUUCAGAAACUUGAGUCCAGAGUGCGUGAGCUUGAGACAGAGAUCGAGGCCGAGCAGAGACGUGGUGCCGAUGCUGUUAAGGGUGUCCGCAAAUAUGAGAGGAGGGUGAAGGAGCUCACUUACCAGGUGAAUAUUAUCAUUUCACAUGCAUAGAUAAAAGGUCUUAAAGCCUUAAAUAGACUUCAAUUUGCAAAUGCAUAUGUUCCAUCACAGACUGAAGAAGACAAGAAAAAUGUCAACAGACUGCAGGAUCUGGUUGAUAAGUUACAGCUCAAGGUGAAGGCCUACAAGAGGCAGGCUGAGGAAGCGGAGGAGCAGGCCAAUGUUCACCUGUCCAAGUGCAGGAAGGUCCAGCAUGAGCUGGAGGAGGCUGAGGAGCGUGCUGACAUUGCAGAGUCUCAGGUCAACAAAAUGCGAGCCAAAAGCCGUGACUCUGGCAAGGGGAAAGAUGCAGCUGAAUAAAGUAUAUAUUGAUUGAUGGUCUGUUUCAACUCAUACAAUAUGACGUGAAAUAUACCAAAAUAAAAUGUCU